AAUAAUUUAAUUUUGUAUUUUUACUUUUGUAAAGGCCUAAUUUGUAUUUUAUUCGAUUUUUUUUUAUCGCUUCCAAAAAAAAAAAAAAAAAAUUGUACAAAUACAUUGUACAUGUAAAAUAUUAGCUAUAGAUAAAUAUCAAAACAAGUAGCAGGCCUAUACAUAGCCUACACGUAAGUAUUUAACGUAUUAAUAAAAAUAUAUAAUUAAUUUGUUAAUGUUAACAACUAAUGAAAACAUUGUUCAGUAUUCUACGAAGUAGACCUGAGAUAGAAGGGAAAGUUCAUUCAUUAUAGAAGGAACGAAAAGGUAAGGUGUGUUGUGUAUAGAUACUAAGAUGUGAAUAUAUUUUUCACAUCUUUCACGAUAUUUUUAAGCGUGAGAGCUUUGUUUUCGACGUCCGUGCUGUUGAUGAUAACCGGAAGUGCUUUACAUUUAGAUUUGCUCGCUAGGCCCUGCUGUUGCUUUUAGCGCGUUAGCAUCGCGGUGUUUAGCUGCAGUGGCGCGUUUUCGAUUUCGCUAACGCAAACACAGCAGGUUUACCGGUAAGAAAAAUAAACCUUUGUAGGUGUGCAGCUGAGUUUGGGAUUGGUAAAAUUAUGGGGGACCCUUCCCUAAGCCGGGACUGCCCGCUGGAUUGUAAGGUCUAUGUUGGCAAUUUGGGUAACAGUGGUAAUAAAACGGAGUUGGAGAGAGCAUUUGGCUAUUAUGGUCCCCUGAGGAGCGUAUGGGUGGCAAGAAAUCCUCCCGGCUUUGCUUUUGUGGAGUUUGAGGACCCCAGAGAUGCAACCGAUGCUGUGAGGGAGCUUGAUGGAAGAACACUGUGUGGUUGUCGAGUGCGAGUUGAAAUGUCCAGCGGUGAAAAACGGUCAAGGUAUCGAGGACCACCCCCUUCUUGGAAUCGCCGCCCACGUGAUGAUUAUAGACGCCGCAGCCCACCCCCUAGACGCCGGUCUCCUAGGAGGCGGAGCUUUAGUCGUAGUCGGAGCAGGUCCCUUUCCAGAGAGAGGAGAAGAGAGAGGUCUUUGUCCCGCGAUAGAAACUAUAAACCUUCAAGAUCUUUCUCAAGAUCACGCAGUCGUUCACGUUCCAAUGGUCGGAAGUGAGAAAUGUUCAAGGCCAGCCUUGUCAGAGAAAGCAUGUCUGUGCGCUCCUCCUCAACAGACUAGGAUGAUUGGAAACCGUGAUUUUUUUUUUGUUUGUUUGUUUGUUUUUUGCCCCAAAGUCUUUUUAAAAUGUAUCUUCCCCAUAGUGUUCUGAGUAUCCUUUUUUUACUUAAGAUAUCUGUGCUUAAUGGGUAGCAAUGGUUUCAUCCUGCCUAAAUGCCUGAAUGUAAUUUUAUGCUCUUUGGGCAGUAAAUAAUUUCUGAUUGGAAUAACUCAAGUCUGACUUAGAUGGUCAUUUGAAACCGAUUUUGUAUGCUUUUUUUUUUUUUUUUUUUUGUACUUCCAUUUAAAAGAAGUUCCUUAUGUAUUCACUAUAUGACUUUUCUCUACAUUUCACACUGAUUAGUUGUUCAAAUGUUACUUGCAUUAAAACGUUUGGUAACCAUUUUAUUGUAAGAUUCAAUUCAUUCUCAUAUGUAUUGAUAUUAGGUAUCAUAAACUAGCAAUUUUAAUGUAGAUUAUGAUCACUUUUUUUUCAUGCACUAAUGCUUUAUUACUAGUUGAAUAAACAAUGUUUUGUUAACAAACAUGAAUUAGUAAUGAACAAUAGAUUUAUGAAUUAACUAAUCUGCAACGAUCGUUCAUAAUGUGUUAACAAAUGUUAAACCUUAUUGUAAAGGCUUUUUUGAAGAAAGGCAUUUCUAGGUAAAAAUUAAAUGCUGCUUACUAUGAACCGAUUUUGGUUAAUUUGACUGUCAUAUAGCAUUUUGUGUUUUAAAUUAUAUUAUGGGCUA